AACAAAUGCUGCAUGAUACAAGUAGUACGUGAAUCCCCUUAACUAAAUCAAUCUACUUAACUUCAAAUUUUCUCUUACAAAAUCUUUGAAGAUGAAUACUCUUUCCACUUUUUUCAUUUUUAUCUCUCUUUUUGCCUCAAUUAGUCAUGGUAUCGAAGUCGAUUACUGUGUUGGUGAUCCUAGUCUUCCUAGGGGACCUGAAGGAUAUGCUUGUAAAAAUCCUUCGAAACUCACAAGUGAUGACUUUGUUUUUAGAAAUUUUCGUGGUGAAAAACAAACUGGGGGUAUUUACAAAAACAACAUAACUCUUGCAUUUGCUGAACAAUUUCCCGCCAUAAAUGGGUUAGGGAUUUCUAUGGCAAGACUAGACUUUGGUGUAGGAGGUGUUAUUCCACUACAUUCUCACCGUACUUCUGAAAUCAUUGUCGUUAUAAGAGGGACUAUUGUUGCGGGGUUUAUUGAUGCGAGCAACAAUGCAUACUAUCAAAAAUUAGAAGUUGGUGAUGUUAUGAUCUUUCCACAAGCUAUGCUCCAUUUUCAAGUCAAUGUUGGUAAGAAACCAGCCAUGGCAAUUGUUAGCUUGAAUGGUGCUAGCCCAGCAGUACAACAAACAACAUACUCCUUGUUUGAUGGCAAUUUACCCGCUGAGCUAGCUGAGCAAAUCACACUUUUAAGUCAGAAGGAAGUGACACGAAUGAGAAAGUUGUUUAAAACAGCUUAAAAACACCUUAGAAAUUUAUUUUACGCCAAUUUAUUAUAUACUAUUGUCAAAAUCAUUAUUUGCAUGUUAUUAAUGCUCAUUAUGAGUAGUAUUAAGUGUAGUUUUUAUGCAUAGAAGUCAAGUUUCCUUGGUCGGAGGAAAUAAAGUUAGAGUGUCUAUAUCUCAAAUAAAAAUAACCUUUAUAUUUUACAUUUGAAUUUCACAAAUUUAAAGGUUUACAUUGUAAUAUAAAAUUAUUUGAUUGCUUAUGUAUUAAUGUCUUUGUUAUAUAUAAUUUCCUAAAUUACAAGU